GCUGCCGACCGCCCCCAACCGCCUCCCCCCUCGACGCGGAGCACGUCGCCGGCUUCAUCGUCGUCGUGGCCCUCAUCGCCCUGGUGGUGGGCACCAUGGCGGUGGUCCUCGUUUGGUGCAUCCGCCCCCGGGCCCCGCACAGCAGCCGGCACCUCCCCCCGGAACCCCCCCCGCCGAUUUGCAUUCCCAGGCCGCGCUCCGCGGAGCCGAUCUACGUCUUGCACCCCGGGGGGGGCCUGGAGAUCGGCAAGCGGGAGGCGAACAAGGAGCCAAGUGGUGAGGCAACGGAGUCGGUGGAGGGGAUGGGCGGCCUCACGGGGCCGCCUGGGGCUAGGGAGGGCCUGCGGGCACUCCAAUGA